AUGAAAGUUGUUUGGCAGCGUCUUAUUCGCUUCGUGGCCACCGAUGGUCGGAUACUUCGUGGAGAGCCCAUCCUCCCAUCACCAAAUUUUGACAUUGGUUCUACCACAGAGGAAACGAAACUAAAGGCCAAGAUUAUUGUCGGGCAAGACAUAUACGAUACCACAGGCGAGACAAAAGUGACUGAAGAAGUUGUCACAGUCAAGAAACUACUCGGACCGCUUGCACAAAAUGAAGUGCCUAUACUGAGAUGUGUAGGGCUCAAUUAUGCCAAGCACAUUAGAGAAGCCAACAGAACAGUUCCACCAUAUCCUUUCAUUUUCUUCAAGCCAUCAACCUGUGUCAUCGGUCAUGAUGAGCUCGUCCAUAUUCCAAAGAUUGCGCAAGAUGAGCAGGCAGAUUACGAAGGCGAGCUUUGUUUUGUAAUUGGAAAGCCAGCCAAGAACGUCUCUCGAGAAGAUGCACUUUCUUACAUCGCAGCGUAUACUUGCGGCAACGAUAUUUCGUCACGCAAGCUGCAGCGAGACAAAACUCUAGCAGGGCCCGUACCUCAGUGGGGAUUCAGCAAAGGAUUCGAUACCUAUGCUCCGUUAGGUCCUUGUUUGGUGGCUUCCGAGCUGGUCGGCGAUCCAUCAAAGCUUCAAUUAAAGACAAUUGUCGACGGAGAAGUCCGCCAAGAUGAGGGAGUCUCUGACCUUUUAUUUGACUGCGCUGAGCUUGUAAGCUAUCUAAGUCAAGGAACAACACUUGAGGCCGGAAGCGUUAUCAUGACUGGAACGCCUGGUGGAGUGGGAGCAGGCUUCAACCCGCCUAAGUGGCUGCAACCAGGAACUCGAAUGGAAGUAAACAUUUCUGGUAUUGGGACGCUGAGGAACGGCGUUAUGUUUGACUGA